CACUCGCGCAGGUCCGCAGGAACUUUUCCUCUCCCCGUGUUUAAAUCCCCCAGACUGAUCAGUAAGAACUGAUCGGACGCUUCUGAAGUUCGGUUUGUGAUCCAAAACUCUGUUCUGGAGGGAAGAAAUGGAAAUUCUGGACGGCGGGGAACCGUUCCUGCACUGGGACCGGAACCUGAGCGAACUGUCUGAGGCCACAGAAAGCGACUGUGUCCUCAACACCAAUCACUUCUCCGAGUUCCUGGACGAUCUAUCCCAAGAUGCUUUGCUGGGCCAGCUGCUCAGUGACCCGUUCCUGUGCGGGGUGAGAAGCGGGAUGGAAGCCAUGGAUAGCGAGGAUGGGAGCGACAUUUCCCCGUCUUCCCCUCUCCCCCCUCACAUCACAGCUGAGCACAGGUACUCUUUAUGUGGUGACAGUCGACCCCAGUCUCCCCUAUCAGACCUCACCGGUGAGCCAGGCAGUGAAGCAGCAGAGUCGGACAUCGGGGAUUCAGCCGAGUGGGCCAUGGAGCAGGAGGAGGCCAUCGAGAGCCUCCUGUGCGACACGCCCUCCCUGUCUCUGGCCUCCAGCGAGAGUCCAGAUGCACCAAAGAGCCCCGCCGUGACCCCGAGUGCCGCCGCCGCUCCAGCUCAGACACCAGCCCCCAAGGUCAUCAAGAUUAAGGAGGAGCACAUUAUUCCUCAGAUUAAACUGGAGCCUCAUGAAGUGGACCAGUUCCUCAAUCUGUCCCCCAAAGUUUGUGUUUCAGGUCUGGAGUCGCUCCGGAUGCCUCCCAGCUCCCACGGCAGCGACUCAGAGGGCAGCCAGAGUCCAGUCCACGCCCUGCCGGGUCUGUCCUGUCCCACCUCGCCCACCAGCCCGCCGCCGUCACAGGCCGGCCUGAAGGUGUCGCCGCAAGCCGCGUCCUCGCUGUCCAACUCGCCUCUGCUCACUGCGCCGCACAAGUUGCAGGGUUCAGGACCUCUGAUCCUGACCGAGGAAGAGCGCCGCACGCUGGUGGCUGAAGGUUACCCAGUUCCGACCAAACUGCCGCUCACCAAAGCCGAGAAGAAGGCGCUGAAGAAGAUCCGCAGGAAGAUCAAAAAUAAGAUCUCAGCUCAGGAGAGUCGCAGGAAGAAGGAGUACAUGGACGCGCUGGAGAAGAAGGUGGAGACGUGCUCCAAUGAAAACAGCGAGCUACGCAGGAAAGUGGAGACUCUGGAAUGCACAAACAAGUCUCUGCUGAAGCAGCUGCAGUCGCUGUAGGCGGCGCUCGCCGGCAAAGUCCACCGAUCGUACAGGAUGGCCGGAACCCAGACAUCAUCGUGUCUGAUGGUGGCAGUGUUGUGCUUUGCUCUGUCUGUGGGCAGUUUCUACCCGGGCACUCUGAUGCCUUGCUCCAAGGUCCUGGAACAGCAAAUGAGUGGACCUGCAUCCGGUCAGCUGGAAGUCAAAGAGUCUUACACGGCUACAGUCAAAUCGAGGAAUCUGUUGACGACACUUGAAGACGAGCAGCCGCAUCCCCUCGGUUUGGGUGGACAGUAUCCAGACCAAUGGGAGGACACGUCUGUCAUUGUCAUGGCAGCGUGGCGUCGCACGGAGCAGCAUAAACUCAGAGGGGUGGAGCCUAACAGAGUGGAAACACACCCACCUUUCAGGAGUAAAAGCAACGAUACGCAGACAUCCAAAAACCUGCUCCUGGACCUGCACAGGUCGCUGGAGCAGAGGAUAAAUGUCCGCCAUGCUAAAGUGAUCGAGCUGGAGCAAACUGUCAAUGAGACCUCCUGAAGUCGACACCCCCUUCCACCCCACAUUGACCUUUGCCCUCUUCCCCGUGAUAGACCUGGUCUCGGUGUCCUG